AUCACGUGAUUACCACCAAAAUGACAGUGAAGUAAAGUUACGUCAAGUUAGUAAGAAGGUUGCGAGCAUUGCCAGUGGAAUUUGACAAAUCCAAGAUGACCAGCAGCUCGAAAAUUCGAUGCACUAAAUUUUUCUUCAUUCUUUUCAACUUUGUGUUCUGGCUCACUGGGCUGGCACUACUAGUCAUUGGAAUAUGGAGCCGGAUCUCUCUUAUCAAGUACAUGAAGCUGUCAACCAGUAUAGAUUAUAACAUGGCACCUUAUAUCAUGAUUGGUUGUGGCAGUUUCAUCAUUCUUGUUGGAUUCUUGGGUUGCUGGGCAAGCCUUAAAGAGCAUCCCUGGGCACUGGUUCUGUACAUGAUCAUUCUGGUAUUGUUGUUCAUUGCCGAGCUUUCUGCCGGCAUUGCUGGAUAUGUGCUUCGCAAUAAGUUAAAAACUGGCUUGGAGAAUGGAAUCAGAGAUGCCAUUGAGAAAUAUGGAAAUGACACUAAAGGUGACAUAAAAAAGGCAGUGGAUGAUGUUCAAAGCAAAGCAUUCCAUUGCUGUGGUGCAGACAGUUACAAGGAUUGGCUAAAAUAUGGAGUUGUGCCAGAUUCAUGUUGCAAAGAUACAAAGAACUGCAAGACAAAGGCAUCAAGUGAACUGUAUUCAGAGGGCUGUGUAAGUUCAAUGCAAAAGUUCUUCAAAAACAAGUUUGCUAUUAUUGGUGGAACUGCUCUUGGAAUAGCAUUUUUCCAGAUUCUUGGAGUUAUUUGUGCAUACUGCCUUGCCCGGUUCAUUCGUGAAGUACGAUCGUAUGAAAAAUUCUAAUACAAACAGACUUGUUUGAACACAACUCUACUUUCAAUUCAUAUUCCUUAUUUGCUAAAGAACAUCAUAUUUGAUAUAAUUCUCGUAAUUUAAUAGCCAUUAUGAAAGCCUGAAAAUGUAGUCGUCGUUUGUUCUGCAUCAGCGAGUUUAAAUUAUUUGAUUUGUGUGCCUAAGUAAGAUUAAAUUGUAAAGCAAGUCUUAAAUUUGUGCAACUGUACUAUACCAAAGUGGUUAAUACUGUAUCGUUACGUAGUUGGUUAGUCUUAUGACCAAACACAACCUUGCCGUUGGAUAUAUAGAUUUUUUCAUUGAUUCAUAUGAUAUCUCUAUUUUACAUGCCGA